GAGUCCAGCGCGUUGGCAGCCGCCUCCAGCCAGAAAGGGAGAGGAAGAGAUAAGGGGGCGGGGGAAGAAGAAGAAGAAAAAGAAGAAGGAAAGCAAACACGAGACAACAGCUGCGGACUUGUGCCUGCCUGGAGUGGAUGAGCCUCUCCAUGAGAGAUCCGGUCAUUCCUGGGACGAGUAUGGCCUACCAUCCGUUCCUACCCCACCGGGCGCCGGACUUCGCCAUGAGCGCGGUGCUGGGCCACCAGCCGCCCUUCUUCCCCGCGCUGACGCUGCCUCCCAACGGCGCCACGGCGCUGUCGCUGCCCGGCGCCCUGGCCAAGCCGAUCAUGGAUCAAUUGGUGGGGGCGGCCGAGACCGGCAUUCCUUUCUCUUCCCUGGGGCCCCAGGCUCCUCUGAGGCCUCUGAAGGCCAUGGAGCCCGAAGAAGAGGUGGAGGAUGACCCCAAGGUGCACCUGGAGGCCAAGGAACUUUGGGAUCAGUUCCACAAGCGAGGCACGGAGAUGGUCAUUACCAAGUCCGGCAGGCGAAUGUUCCCUCCAUUUAAAGUGAGAUGCUCUGGACUGGAUAAAAAGGCCAAAUAUAUUUUACUAAUGGACAUUAUAGCUGCUGAUGACUGCCGAUAUAAAUUUCACAAUUCGCGGUGGAUGGUGGCGGGUAAGGCUGACCCUGAAAUGCCAAAGAGAAUGUAUAUUCACCCGGACAGCCCCGCUACCGGGGAACAGUGGAUGUCUAAAGUGGUCACCUUCCACAAACUGAAGCUCACCAACAACAUUUCCGACAAACAUGGAUUUAAUUGGCCAAGUGACCACGCAGCAUGGCAGGGGAAUUAUAGUUUUGGGACUCAGACUAUACUGAACUCCAUGCAUAAAUACCAGCCCCGGUUCCACAUUGUAAGAGCCAACGACAUCUUGAAACUCCCUUAUAGUACAUUUCGGACCUACUUAUUCCCUGAAACUGAAUUCAUCGCUGUGACUGCAUACCAGAAUGAUAAGAUAACUCAGUUAAAAAUAGACAACAACCCGUUUGCAAAAGGUUUUCGGGACACUGGAAAUGGCAGGAGAGAAAAAAGGAAGCAGCUCACCCUACAGUCCAUUCGAGUGUUUGAUGAGCGACACAAGAAGGAGAAUGGGACCUCAGACGAGUCCUCCAGCGAACACGCGACCUUCAGCUGCUUUGCCCAGGCCUCUUCGCCAGCCGUGUCCACUGUAGGGACCUCCAACCUCAAAGACCUGUGUCCCAGCGAAGCCGAGAGCGACGCCGAGGCCGAGAGCAAGGAGGAGCUCGUCCCGGAGACUUGCGACGCGGCCAAGAUCUCCACCACCACGUCGGAGGAGCCCAGCCGCGACAAGGGCAGCCCGGCCUCCCUCAAGCCGCACCUCUUCGGGGCCGAGCCCAGCGGCCGGGCCCGGGACAGCGCGCGACCGGACAAGGCGUCCCCAGACUCGCGCCACAGCCCCGCCACCAUCUCGUCCAGCAGGCCUGGCCAUGUCGCCCUUCGGAAGCCUGUUCCCUUACCCCUACACCUACAUGGCCGCUGCAGCUGCCGCGUCCUCGGCCGCCGCCUCCAGCUCGGUGCACCGCCACCCCUUCCUCAGCCUGAACAGCAUGCGCCCGCGGCUGCGCUACAGCCCCUACUCCAUCCCCGUGCCGGUCCCCGACGGCGGCGGCCUCCUCAGCUCCGCGCUGCCCGCCAUGGCCGCGGGGCCCCUGGACGCCAAAGCCGCCGCGCUGGCCGCCAGCCCCGCCUCGGUCGCCGCCGUGGACUCGGGCUCGGAGCUGAACAGCCGCUCCUCCACGCUGUCCUCCAGCUCCGUGUCCCUGUCGCCCAAACUCUGCUCGGAGAAAGAGGCGGCCACCAGCGAACUGCAGAGCAUCCAGCGGCUGGUCAGCGGCUUGGAAGCCAAGCCCGAGAGGUCCCGCAGCGGGUCCCCCUAGACCCGUGCCCAGCGGCGUCUUCAUUCCAGCCCGAUGAGUCUGCAGUGCACUUUGUUUUGGAUGUCACACAAACCCCAGGGCCGGCUGUGGGCU